AUGAAUAAAGAGUCACUGAAAGACAUCAUGGGUUUUUAUUUUGCCAUCGAUGGCAGCAUAACUAUUUACGAAUACAAGCAGUUUGGGAGAGAAUCAAAAAUCCUUCCACUCAUCAAACGCAACACCUACACGCACAUGCGCGGCCCUCGCAAGGGCGAAAAUUACGUCAUCACUGACGUCAUACAAGUAGUUAAUUAUGCUAAUGAGAAACAGCCAUUGCCCGAUGUUUGGAAAAACCAGGAUAAGCUAAUUGUAAAUAUUAUGUCCGUUGAUAUUGAAGCUAAGAGAAGCAUAUUAUUAAAAAACAUUGAUAAAUAUCAACACGAAAAUGUUUGGAACAAGUUACACAUGCCAAAAACAGAUGCCGAAGAAAGGUACAUAAGGAUACCCUACCAAGUUAAAGUUUGCCAGAGUGAAAAAUCGACCGAAAAGGUCAAUGUCUACGAACUGGAAGCAGGGCUUGCCAAGUUCGAGAUUACUCUAUCAGACAACAAAUUAUCCGGAAUUUUAGAAAUCCUAGAUCCAGAUAGCACGAGUUUUGUGAGCUAUCUCAGCUUCAUGAGGUACGUCCUUGGUGAGAUGGAGUCUGAGAGAAAAUGUCUCGUUUUGAAAGCCUUUUUGAAGAUAGAUUCGACACGAAACGGUAUAAUCAGCACAUCACUGAUACACAAAUUCCUAAACGCUCUGAAGCAUGCCAAAGUCAAGACGAAAGAAAAAAGUGACGAAGAAAUCAAGAAAACAUUCGAAAACGCCUUCAAAGACAGCAGCAACCUAGCGACACAACCUAAGACCACAGUCACCUACAGGGAAUUUGAAGAAUUAUUUGAAGGCCUAAGCCUGAAAAUCGCAUCGAACGUGGAAUUCUCAAAUAUUUUAAAAAAUAUGUGGAGUGUGUAG